AGAGUUUAAUGGGCAGGGAGUACGACGCUGUCGCGAAAAUUCUGCAAAAUGUUAGCUACGUGAAAAACACUGAUCGAUGUGCGAGAAACGAAAACGCCUAUGACGGCAUAGCCACGAAAAUUAAGUGUCAGCAGUUCUGAUAACAAACGCGCGCGGGGCAUGCUGACUCAACCUCGACGAAACGACAAAAGUAAACGAGUCCGAGACAGAGAUAAAGAAAGACAGAGAGGCGGAGUAUAUGUAGGUUUAACAUUAACUUGUAUAUAUCAGUAGCAGGGGAGAAUACGCCAGUUGCUUCAAACUGGUGCGCUACGCUACAAAUGCAAAUGCACACCAACUAACCACAGCAGCCCACCCACAAUACACACACGCACACACACACACACUCACAGGCAGAGACACAGCAUGUCACACUUACCAGGGCCUCUGUACGGCUUCGCAGCAUUUUUUAUGAUUUUCUGGUUUGGCACUUGGUGUGUGCAUCUGAUUGCCAUCUGCUAUGGAAAGUAUAAGCUGCACAAAAAGUCGUGUAAGCUGCCUACAGAAUCUUCGCCACUGCCGGGAGUGUCCAUACUGAAACCGCUGAUGGGUGUGGAUCCCAAUUUGCAGCACAAUCUCGAAACGUUCUUCACCAUGGAUUAUCCGUUAUACGAGCUGCUCUUCUGCGUCGAGGACAAGGACGAUCCAGCCAUAAAGCUGGUGGAGACACUACUCGAUAAGUAUCCACAAAUGGACGCCAAACUCUUUGUCGGCGGCUCGAAUGUGGGUGUGAACCCAAAAAUAAACAACAUCCAUCCUGGAUACAUGGCGGCCAAAUACGAUUUCGUAAUGAUAUCAGAUAGUGGCAUUAAAAUGAAAAACGACACUCUGCUGGACAUGGUCCAGAACAUGUCGGAUAAGCAUGCGCUGGUGCAUCAAAUGCCCUUCACCUGUGAUCGCGACGGUUUCGCGGCUACCUUCGAGAAGGUAUUCUUCGGCACAGUGCAGUCGCGUAUUUAUUUGUCUGCCGAUGCUCUGGGCAUCAAUUGCCACACUGGUAUGUCCUGCUUGUUGCGCAAAGCUGUCAUCGACGAACUGGGCGGCCUACGCGCCUUUGGAUGUUAUCUGGCCGAAGAUUUUUUCAUAGCCAAGGGCGUGACGGAACGAGGCUGGAAGAUGCGUAUCUCCAAUCAGCCAGCCCUUCAGAACAGCGGCCUUUGCGACAUUGGCAGCUUUCAAGCUCGUCUCAUACGCUGGGCCAAGCUGCGCGUGGCCAUGGUCCCAACGACAAUGUUGCUGGAGCCAUUGUCCGAGUGCAUGCUGCUCGGAGCACUGGCGGCUUGGUCAGCAUCCUUACUCCUGGCCUGGGAUCCGCUCGUCUUCUAUCUGGUGCACAUACUAUGCUGGUUUCUUUCCGACUGGCUGCUCCUCUCGAUUGUGCAGCACGGCUCGGUGCCCUUUCACAAGUUCGAGUUCGUCAUUGGCUGGCUGUUUCGCGAGGUAACUGGUCCGUAUCUCUUUCUGCACGCGCUCUGGAAUCCGGCCAUACGUUGGCGCACUCGCACCUAUAAACUACACUGGGGCGGCAUUGCGUACGAGCUCAGACCCAGCAACUCUAGCCCGCCCGCCGAUUGUCUCGAACCGCUUCAGCCGGCGCCAACGUUAGCAGCAGGAGGAGCAACGACAACCUCCGGAGCAGCCAAACAACGACUUCUGGCUUCGUAGCAGCUGCACCGGGUCCUCUGUCCGGUAGUUAAGCCAUUGUUACAUUUUCUAUAAGUAAUGGGGAGUGCCGCAUAUAAAUGAGAAUUCUGAUGGUAAAAAUGCGGGUAAUGACUGCGUUCAUAGCGUUUAGUAGUAUUAUUAGCUAAACUUGAGGAUUUAGUCACACUACACGAUCCUUGGUAAGUUCACACAGGCAAAUACAAAAAACAAAGAAAUUCAUUAAUUCCAAUUUGCGUGAAAACAUGACAAACCUUUUGAAUUCAGGCAAUAAUUUUGGCAAUUUGCAUAUGCUGGUAUGCAAGUAAGUACUUAUGUAUGUUCAUUUGAAUGUAGGUGCCUGUAUGAGCUCGCCUUUAAACCUUAUUAAUGUAUGUAUAAUAAUUAUAAACUCGUGGACUUGCGCUGGUUACGGCUACAGUAGGCGCUAAAGUUGCUCACCCACACCCACUCACACACAACAACACAACACUCCGAGACGACACAGACGCAGACUGCACAAUCUUGAACUCAACUCUAACUUAAAUAUCCAAUACGUAGUGCUUAAGCCAUAAAAGUUGUUUGCUGUUGUAUAUAUCUACAUAUGUAUAUCAUAAAUCAUAGUUCGUAUUUUUAUUAUUAAUAUAGUUUUUUUUUUGUGCGCCCUUUAGUUAUUCGUAUGGGUGCACUAUUGAGAAUUAUUAGGCUUUGUUGUUGUCGUUAUUUUUACGAAUCUAGCUAACUAAAAUUACAUAUUAAUGUAUCAUUGCUAAGCACAUUAUAAUUAUUAUUAUUAUUCAUUUAUUUUCCGUUUGUACAUAAAACUUUGCUAAAAGAAAAGAAAAAUCAAUGCCAUCGAAUAAAUGUACUUUAAAUUUUCA